GAUCAGUAGCCUCUUAUUUUCACUCAAAUCACUUUCGUGUUAGCACGUGUUACCCACAAUGGAAAAUCCCCACUGCGUUUAUAGAUAUUAACUCAACUCCCAACACAAUCAUUGAAAUCAUUUUCUUUACUGAAAACUCUUAACAAUUUUCACAUAUUUGUGUUUUCUUCAGAUAGUGAACAAAAACGAAAGACCAAGUACUUUGAUUUUUAUAACACCUUUAUGUUAUUAAUAUAGAUUUUUAAACUCGUGAAUAAUUGAUAAGGCGUCAUCGUGUUGCUAGUGUGUAUAGAUAUGUUUCUAAUGAACACCCUAUACUUCGUAAUUCUUUUCAAGGUUUAAAAUGGCGGACCAAGCCAUGCAAUCGGUCAACGCUCACACAAGAAAAAUAUUUCAGAACACUGAGCAUGUCAUGAAGGUGACUAUGAGUUUGAUAGAAACGGUGGAAUCCUUGCGACUGAAGCUUAGAAAUAACCCCCCGGAUAAAACGGUCGCCUCGCUAACAGAUCGUUUAGCUGUCUCGAUAGACUUAUAUGAACGUUUUAACACCGAACUUCUUCAAUUUAAAUUUGAUUUGAAGUCUGUCUCAAGUAUUGCGGAGUACUAUGGUAAGAUUCGUGAAAAUGUAGAACAAGAGAGAAACGAGCUGGCGAAAAAGAUCGCUGCGAUGCAAAAGGAGAAGAUCUCUUUUGAAAAAGAAAGAAUGAUUAUUGAAAAAGAGCGAACUAGACUGCUAAGAGAACUGGGCAGUAUAACGAACUUUGAUUAUUUCUCGAGAAAAAUAGAAGAUCAAGAUAGUGAAUGCAUCAGUAAACAGCUAGGGAAGCAAAUAAAAGAGAUUGAAAAGGCUUUGAACAACAGGGAGGCACUGGAAGAUGAGUUGAAGCAGACAAAGAGCAAGCUGAAGAGUAUGGAAUCUCGAAACAAUGAGCUGGAAAAAAAGUUAAGAAGGGCAUCUCAGCAAAGCGAAGGUGAUCGAAGCUCCGUGAAAGAAUCGUGCGAAAACAGCUGUGAUGGCGACGAGAACAGUCAGAGAAAAAUAAAACACGAAAAAGAGACUAAUGAACCAGACGAGGUUGGUCCCAUAUUAGAGGUACUUUAUAUGAUUUUUUCAUUUUUCUGCACUUCUGUUGACGGGAUUGAGAAAAUAUAUUGCUAGCUUGCGCAGUAGUGUGUUUGCUCAGUAACGAGUGCGGUGUGUUUGAGCAGUAGCGAGUUUAGUGUGUUCGUGCAGUAGCGAGUGCGGUGUGUUUGCGCAGUAGCGAAUACAGUGUGUUUGCGCAGUAGCGAGUGUAGUGUGUUUGCGCAGUAGCGAGUGUAGUGUGUUUGCGCAGUAGCGAGUGUAGUGUGUUUGCGCAGUAGCGAGUGUAGUGUGUUUGCGCAGUAGCGAGUGUAGUGUGUCUACGCAGUAGCGAGUGUAGUGUGUUUGGGCAGUAGCGAGUGUAGUGUGUUUGCGCAGUGCGAGUGUAGUGUGUCUGCGCAGUAGCGAGUGUACUGUGUUUGCGCAGUAGCGAGUGUAGUGUGUUUGCGCAGUAGCGGGUGUAGUGUGUUUGCGCAGUAGCGAGUGUAGUGUGUUUGCGCAGUAGCGAGUGUACUGUUUGCGCAGUAGCGAGUGUACUGUGUUUGCACAGUAGCGAGUGUAGUGUGUUUGCGCAGUAGCGAGUGUAGUGUGUUUGCGCAGUAGCGGGUGUAGUGUGUUUGCCCAGUAGCGAGUGUAGUGUGUUUGCGCAGUAGCGAGUGUACUGUGUUUGCGCAGUAGCGAGUGUAGUGUGUUUGCGCAGUAGCGAGUGUAGUGUGUUUGCACAGUAGCGAGUGUAGUGUGUUUGCGCAGUAGCGGGUGUAGUGUGUUUGCGCAGUAGCGAGUGUACUGUGUUUGCGCAGUAGCGAGUGUACUGUGUUUGCACAGUAGAGAGUGUAGUGUGUUUGCACAGUAGCGAGUGUAGUGUGUUUGCGCAGUAGCGAGUGUACUGUGUUUGCGCAGUAGCGAGUGUAGUGUGUUUGCGCAGUAGCGAGUGUAGUGUGUUUGCGCAGUAGCGAGUGUAGUGUGUUUGUGCAUUAGCGAGUGUAGUGUGUUUGCGCAGUAGCGAGUACAGUGUGUUUGCGCAGUAGCGAGUGUAGUGUGUUUGGGCAGUAGCGAGUGUAGUGUGUUUGCGCAGUAGCAAGUGUAGUGUGUUUGCGCAGUAGCGAGUGCAGUGUGUUUGCGCAGUAGCGAGUGUAGUGUGUUUGCGCAGUAGCGAGUGUACUGUGUUUGUGCAGUAGCGAGUGUACUGUGUUUGCGCAGUAGCGAGUGUAGUGUGUUUGCGCAGUAGCGAGUGCAGUGUGUUUGCGCAGUAGCGAGUGUAGUGUGUUUGCGCAGUAGCGAGUGUAGUUUAUUUGCGCAGUGCGAGUGCAGUGUGUUUGCGCAGUAGCGAGUGUAGUGAGUUUGCGCUGUAGCGAGUGUACUGUGUUUGCGCAGUAGCGAGUGUAGUGUGUUUGCGCAGUAGCGAGUGUAGUGUGUUUGCGCAGUAGCGGGUGUAGUGUGUUUGCGCAGUAACGAGUGUACUGUGUUUGCGCAGUAGCUAGUGUAAUGCGUUUGAGCCGUGUGCUAUCCAUUCUUGUGAUCAUUAUCUCAAAUAAUCAUUUGAGAUCGUUAAUCUUGACCUUCACUUUUUCUCCACGGGUAUUCAAUCCUGAGACAUCACGUGACGAAAUCUCUUCACACCGCCUUCUGUCCAGUCGCUCACCGUCGCGUCCCUCGGGAUUCUCACGAAGGUCCCGCACCGCUCCAGUGUCACGUGCUAAGGCGAGAUCCCUUAUAAAGCAAGGAAACCUACUCAGGGCAAAUGAGACUUUGGCCGAGUUCAAUGCCAGAUUACAAGAUGAGCUGUACUCGCUAAAGCAAGAAAACAUUCAUUUGACUAUAAGUGCAAAUGAGGCCCGGUCAGCGAUGUACCACGCUAAGAACCAGUUGUCUGUCAGCAUUCGAGAUCGCGAGGACUUGCGCACCAGGAUUAAUCGCCUGACAAUGCAAAACAGACGGCUAGAGUACGCUCUGCGCGUGCGCGCGGAGAACGAGGUGAACACCAGAAAUCUGCAACACAAGGAAAACGAGCAGAUGCGAUGGAAAGAGAUAGGCCCUAUCCCAGUGUAUGGGGCCUCCAACCGAUACCACCAGAACAAGGAUUCAACCGGACGACGGAAAUGAAAUGCCACAACAUAUUAUUUCACCAUUUAUUGAUACCUGAGGAACAGUUACAUAUCUUAUCCUAUAUCAAAAGGUUUCUAAACAAAAUUUUAAAUUUCAGGUACAUCAGAAAACCGAAUGUAUAAUCAAUAUUAGUGGAGUUAUAUUCUACUGUAAACUAUAAAACCAUCGAAUGGACAAGUCUUUUUUUAAGUCAGCAAAUAAAAUAUAAUUAAUUGAUUUCAUUGAUACAGUUACAUACCUAACAAAUGGUGAUACAAUAGUUUUUUUUCUUUUUAUUAGACCCACUGUUCUAUAUUUCUACAUUGAACCCCUGCAGUCUUGCGCAGAUGUGAAAACUGUUUUGGUGUUAUGUGAAGGAUCCAAUCAUAGAAAUUUAGAACAGUGGUAUUUGAACAUUGUACAAGACAACACAACUAACAAGGAUUGGAUUGGCAAAAAUAAUAGACACUUGAACUAGAUCAACCAAGAUACCAGGAUUUGAUUUAUCUUGACUCCAGGAUUCGAUUUGCCAGGAACCAGGAUUCAAUUUACCAUACAUUGAAGUCAUUAUUGAACAAGCCAACUUUGCAUCUUUCAUUGUUAAUGAGUCUUUGGAGCUGCCUUCUAUUGAAUGUCGCUAUUCUGACUAAGGAAUUGUCAUUAUUAUUCAAUUUAGACACCUUUAUCAGAAAUUGCAAAAGCCAGCUGUUCAAAAUUCAGGCACUACUAACUUUAUUUUGAAGCUGUAAAAGUAUUUAUGCCAAUCCAUUCUUCACCAAACAUUUUCACUACCAUGCAGCCUGUCCAGUAAUGGUAAGGCCCUAUGCUACUGAUAAUGUUUGUAAUGGGUCCAGAGCAAACACUUCCGUUCUUGUUGGUUCUAGAUAAGGUUUGAUGUUUAAAAAUGCUAGAUGAUCCAGGACUUUCUUUCUUUGGCCACAAAAAAAUAAUGCACUAAAUUUUAGGGUCAACUGCAAAGUCUACUGAGUAUCCAAGCAUAGGCUUAAAGGGAUAUGGAAGUGUCAGCUUUAGAAACAAAAGUUUGUAGAUGCAACAAGCAUCUAGAUAUUUCGCAAAACAAGUGAAAACAAACUGAAAACUGUGAACUGUUAAGGAUUUGAAAAAAGGUAAAAAAAAAAAGAUGUUCUUGCUGUUUUUGUAACAGAAUUAAAAGUCUUCAACUACAAGAGGAAAAGAAAACUAAAAAAACGUUUUCAGUUUUGUCUGAACACAACAACAACCCUAGAAAAAAUAUCAUAUGAUUUGAAAAAUAAUACUGACUAGAAAGCAAGAAUGGAGAAUAGAAGUUAGGCUAAACCUGUAUCAAGUUUGUGCAUAGUUUAUUAUUGUCAUGGAUGUUUGUGUUCAAGUAACAUUCUUAUCCUCCACAUCGCUUUCAUGUCACUUUACUGUCAACCUCAUCAUCAUCAACGCUAUCAUUACCCUUCUCAAUAUGCCUUACCAUCACCCUCAUCACCUCUAUCAUCACCACUCCCAUCAUAAUACUGAUCACCAAGACAUCAUCAAUAUCAUCGUCCGCAUCAUCACCACUACCAUCCUUUCUACCUUAUUCACUUCAACUGUCUAUCUCUUUAAUUAUUUCUUUGUUUCACAUAUUAACUAUGUAUUUUGCUUUUGAAUUGAAAAAGCCUAGUUUUUAAGGCUAUUUUAUGUUUUAAAAGCCUUUGCUUUAUUUCAGACGGGCUGGUCUAAUCUUUGUUUCACUAGCCUGUGUUAGAAUUAGCCGGUCUGAUCUUUGUUUCACUGGCCUGUGCUAGAGUCAGCCGGUCUGAUCUUUGUUUCACUGGCCUGUGUUAGAAUCAGCUGGUCUGAUCUUUGUUUCACUAGCCUGUGCUAGAAUCAGCUGGUCUGAUCUUUGUUUCUCUAGCCUGUGUUAGAAUUAGCCGGUCUGAUCUUUGUUUCACUGGCCAGUGCUAGAGUCAGCUGGUCUGAUCUUUGGUUCACUAGCCUAUGCUAGAGUCAGCUGGUCUGAUCUUUGUUUCAUGGGCCAACACUCAAGUUUUCUGGCCUAUUCAUGGUAGUUAAGACUACUAGUUAUGGGCAUGGUGUUAUUUGCCUAUUGUAAGCUGCUUAAUCAGUUAUCUAGCAGCUGUUUCUAAGGGACAUUAGUCCUCAGCUCUUGAGACUCCAACCAUUUCUUCAAGGAUAAUUAUGCUUUAAGUGUAUGUACUAUGCGAAUGUUAGUUUAGGCAUAACGUAAGAGAGAAUGGAAUUUUGGAGCUCUAAAGAGGUAGAGGAUAUGUACCAUUCCAUAUGUGUCCUUUCCUUCUGCAGUGAUGGUGCAUUUUAUGCAAUACACUGCAGUUUAAAAUUGUAGAAAAAUAAUUUGAUGUCACAGGCUAAGUCCACAAGCCAUCGAGUGGAAAAAUGAGAUAAAAAGAUGGACAUAUGAGAAUAAACCAAUGAUCUACCCAUGCUUAACGAUCCAGUGACUUUAACUCGUUGUCCAUUUGAUGUCACUAAAAGAGAUAUUUGAAGAAUUAAAGCACUGGAUCCCUCAGCGUGAGACCUCCUAUUCAAAUAGCCACACGGAUUUAGCCUGAAACAUACUUUCUUCUUGGAUGCUCAUAAUUCACCCAGAAUUCUUACAGGUAUUCACUAGUUCCAAAUGCAAGCCUUGGAACUAUAUCAAGAGCGAACCCAGGGGCCUGUGCAGGGAGCAUAUGCAUCCCAUCUUGGCCAUUAAAAAGUGGAUCACUUAUUGAUGUACUAAAGAGCAAACCCAGGGGCCUGUGCAUCCCAUCUUGGCCAUUAAAAAGUGGAUCACUUAUUGAUGUACUAAAGAGCAAACCCAGGGGCCUGUGCAUCCCAUCUUGGCCAUUAAAAAGUGGAUCACUUAUUGAUGUACUGUUGAAUACUGUCAAUCUUCGACUGCACACUUCACCUCAGGCAAUCCUUGGUACCCUCAUUAUAUAGCCUAGGCUCAGAAUUUGAAACCAGUGAGAACAUGAUCAUUUGAGCGUUUUAUGAACAGAUAUGAAGCUAUAGCAAAAAUUUACUAGAAAAAGCUAUUUACUUCUUCUAGCUCCUUGAAGACAAAUGUUUCUUUGGCAUCAGAAACAUAUAAUUGAGCUACAAAGUUAAAAUGUUGACCGCAGGUUGUUAAUGCUAAAUCAGAAGUUGAGUGAUCUCAUGUCAUGUAAAUAAAUCCCUUUGGUAUAUAAAGGAAUGUCAGACAGUAGAUAGCUUCUGAGUUUUGUCAUGCUUGUUUCAAGCUCAAUCGUGUGUUUCUGGCUGGAUGUUAUGACCUUUCACUACAAACAUGGAACUGAAUGGUUUUAAGCCUGUUUCUGCUGGCUAAAUAUUCUACAGAAAUAGGAAUUUAACUUGAUGCAGUUACACUGUCCUCUGCAAUUCAAUAGGCUGUUUCCUAUUUCUUUGUUUUCAAUUCUAGGAAUGUUUGUUUUGCAGGUCAUAUAUCACCUGAAUGCUCACCAGAUUCCUGGGGGCAGGUUUGGAAAAUAAACUUUGUUACCUAAUUAGAAUUUUAUCUACAUAUGUACAUUUGAAUACAAAUAAAUAGCCUGGCUUCAAUACAGCA